AGGGGCUUUCUAUGGAUUUGGUUUAAGCCCUCCAGAUAAUUUGGGCCUUCAGUCUCGGCCCAAUAAUUAGAAUAGAACCAGCAGCUUCAUCACCAGAUCACCUUAGUCUGGUGCACCUCACCCCAGAGGAUCAGCCCUCCAAAUUCGGAACCAACAACAUACUUGCCCAGCAGCGCUGCAGAUCGGGACGUUGAAGGAUCUGUCGGAGUUUGACCAAACUCCCUCCAAAGUCAAACCUAACAUCAAUCCCCAAAAUGCCCUCCACCCGCUCCGCCACCGCCGCCCCUCCAGCAACAUACACCACAAUUCCAAUCUCCGGCCUGGACGUGAUCUCCCGCUCGACGCAGAACCUCUCCGCCUGCCUCUCCAGAUGCCGUCCAUGGCCGGAGUUCCUGGCCACCACAUCCGCCCUCGAUUUUCCCCACUCAAUCUCGGCCGCAUACCUCAGAUUCCGCCGCAACGCCACCUACUUUUCAAUAAAUUACGCGAUAAUCGUCACGGCCUGCGCCGCCAUUUCCCUUAUUGGCUCGCCGAUUGCGCUGAUAAUAAUCGGCUUCGUGUUCUUCCUGUGGCUGAUUCUCCACUUCUUCCGAGAAGAUCCGUUAUUGAUCUGGGGACACCAGGUCAGCGACUGGGCCGUGAUUCUAGGGCUUGUUUUAAUAACAGUCGCGGCUCUCUGGAUUACAGGUCCCUUGAAUAGUCUCUCAAUUGGCAUUGGGGCGGGGCUGUUGAUAUCUGUCGUCCAUGGAGUGUUGAGAAAUCCAGAAGGGCUAUUCCUGGACGAAAACGAAGCCGCUUCGGACGGGUUGAUUAUCUCUAACACAGCUGCUCCAAAUUCUCGCACUGGUGGAACUUCAUUCAAUCCGCCGUUGUAAAUAACACACAUGAAAUUGACCUUUUUCUUCGAAUUCCGUUUAUUUUUUUUUUAUCAUUUGUGUGGAUAUGAAUGAUUGUUUGGAGUGAUGAGAAAUCUGACUUGAAUUGGAUUGAAGAAUGCGAUUUUGGGAAGAAAUCGUUGAUUGUACUGUAUUUAUCUUGCGAUUUUCUUGUUUUCUUUCUCUUGUGGAAGUGAGUCAUGUCAUUUCUUUGUUGCUCGCUUGUAAUUCGAUUUUUGGAGUGUAGAUUUAUUGGAAUUUUGCUGGUUUUGUUGUUA